GGAUUUUAUUUGGAGACAGCUCUUGAUUAUUGACCACGCCAUACUUCACACGCGACUUUCCAUUCUUCCGUCUACUUUCACCUUUCAUAUCUUGAUCAACAACAGAGUGGGAGGUUUCGUUGUUCUUAUUCCAUCUAUACUUCGUUUAUCGCCUAAUUUUCGCAAUGUCUUCCCCUCGAGCUGAUUCCCCCGCCAACUCGCCGGCUGCCACUGGCGCCAGCACCGGCCGACCUUCAUCCCCUGCACCCCCAGGAGGCGCACGAACUGCCAUCCGACGAAGAGCCGCUGCCGACCAGAAGGAGAAGAUCGCAAAUGCGCGACCGAGCAGCACCAGAGCUGCAGGUGCGGGUGGUAGCAGCAGCACAAUGCUUAGACUCUACACCGACGAAUCCCCUGGCCUAAAGGUCGAUCCUGUUGUUGUUCUGGUUCUCUCGCUCGUCUUCAUCUUCAGCGUUGUCGCAUUACACGUUAUCGCGAAGAUCACUCGACGAUUCUCGAGCUAAACUGGUGAUGUUUGAUGAUGGUUGAAUAUAUUAAUAUAACUGCUCUAUGAUCACCGAACAUGGCGCGGCGCCGAAAAGCUGCGACUUUCGACUGGGAAUGGAGUAGACGAUCGAUGGAAACGGAGGAAUCCGAACAUCAGCAACGAUGUUAACCCAACUUUACCUACCAGUCCAGAACCACGACACAGUUUCUGGCGAGCUGGCCUUUGUACUAUAUCAAAACCUGGCAGGCUCACGCAAAAAAUUUCCUUUGCCUCUACCGAAAUGACAUUAGACGAGCGAUCUAUGCAAUUUUGAGAUUUUCAGAAAUGAGUACAAGUACGG